UCCGCGUAGAAGGCACGUUUGGGCUAAAUCCGAAACAGCGUAAUGCCCAAUUGCGAUGCCAGUAGUGAGAUAAAGCAUCAUGAGAAAAAAAGUGUACCCAAAACGAACGUUGGUGCCUUUGGUCUCUCUCUUUUCAAAUUCGUCCCCCUUUGUCUAUGUGCGAAGUCGUCACAGAAUAUUAAACUGAAUUUUAUAAAUAUAUAGAGACACAUAGAGGUAUUUUAGAGAGAGAGAGGGGAAGAAAGAGGGGCGGGGUCGGAGCGAUGAUAACGCGUUCGAAUCUGGCGGAACAGCUGAGAGAGUAUCAGAUUCGAUCGAAGCAUGACUGGGCUUCCGUCUCUUUCUUCUCGUCCACUUCUAAUCUCACUUCAUCAAGGGUGGAUGUUGUGGUCUAUGUAAUAUGGGAACUCGUCAUUUUAGCUUUCUUGGUUUUCUCAGCUGUGUCAUUAUAUUUUAAGCAUUUGAGACUUGCUUUUAUCUUAGUUUGCAUCACAUUACUUUUGCUUUUAUGCAUGAAAAUUACGAAGCAAGUAAGACUGGACCGGAAAAAGAAGCGAAGGAUGCUUCUUCCACUAUCUAUGUAGAAAGAAACAUGAAGUCACAAAUAUUUUACAAAUCACCCAACUUUGUUGUGUGAAUUAUAUAUUAACCAUGGUUUUGGUCCAUCCA